CGCCUGUUUUAAAAUUCUCUGGAUUUGAAGACCUAGGAGUUACGGAAUUUUGUAAAAGUCCACAGAAGGUUCUCAGAGGACCCUCUUGGAAGAUACUGAGGGAAUAUCGGGGAGUGUGGCCCCCCCGCUUUGCGCCUUGUCAUCAGGCGUUUACUGUAGGCAGCUCGAUUCCAAGAGGGGUCCUCGGCCGGCUCGACUAGAAGACGAAGGGGGCGUCUCCCCGGCUUCCUGCGGCGUCGGUGGCAAGCUGAGGUGGAGGCAGGCUGCGGCAGCGACGGCUACAGUGGCGGCGGCGCCAUGGCUGGGCUCCCAGGAUCCUUGCUGCCUUGGUGAUCCCAGGCUGACAGCCAGAGAGCACAGCGGCUCAGCUCCUGGAGAGUGAGGGCUGAAGAAAGCGGAGGGCAGCCGCCUGCGCCCGCUGGCUCCUAUUAGGUCGGUUCCUGCAGCGGUGCCCGGCAGCUUUGGCGAAGGCCCUGCCCGGCAGAGAUCAUGUAUUGCCUCCAGUGGCUGCUGCCCGUCCUCCUCAUCCCCAAGCCCCUCAACCCCGCUCUGUGGUUCAGCCACUCCAUGUUCAUGGGCUUCUACCUGCUCAGCUUUCUCCUGGAGCGGAAGCCUUGCACAAUUUGUGCCUUGGUUUUCCUGGCAGCCCUGUUUCUCAUCUGCUAUAGCUGUUGGGGAAACUGUUUCCUGUACCAUUGCUCCGAUUCCCCACUUCCAGAAUCGGCGCAUGACCCUGGUGUUGUGGGCACCUAACAGCCUACCCUGCUAGCUUUCCAAGGAAGCAGAAGACGGGAGGGGAGGCAUUGACGUAGGUCAUAAAGCAUUGGAGUUUCAAAUCCCGCAGCCUGCGGGUGCCACAUUCCUGACGGCGCCUUUUUGGCCUGUGAUGUUUUAUCCUUAUAAUGUGAAUAAUGGCACUGACCAGUGCUUUUAUUGUAGAGUCCUAUCGUCGUGGGUGGUCUCGUGGUUGUGUGUGUUCUGUCCCCAUCUCGGUCCUGGCUGGUGGGAUGGCCACCCCCCUCGCCUCAUUACUGCGAGGAGUCUGCGCCCAUCCUGGUCAAUCCGCCCCAGUGUGACCUAGGAAGGUAAAAUGCCAGUCCCCUUUUCACCUCUGUGACCCCUCCUUGUUAGGGUCUCCUUCCUUCCCAAAAUGUUACUGAUUCCUCAGUCCCUCCCCUCCUAGUUUCCCUUUAAUUCCCUUCUGUCCCUUUCCUUUUUGGGGGAGCACCUGUCCAAGACAGGGCUCAUUUUUGCACUUAUCUCGAAUUUGAAGAGAUUGCUGACGCCCGAGAGCCUCGCUUUUUCAUCCUUCUUUCCCUGUUCAGCAAGCUAGACAGAAACAUGUCUUAACUGUUUGUUGUCCACGAAUCUCCAGUAUUUUUUCCUCUUCAUCUUUAAGGAAAAAGCAACAGAUAGAUGUUGCUCUUUCACUUGGGUGUCUGGGCUUGUGCUUUCCAGCCCAGCUUCACUCCCUUUGCUCUUCCUCCUGCCUUUCUGAAUGGUCCUGAGGAGGGGGGCUUCCUUGUGUCCCCCAUGCAUGCUCUGCAGGAUUGAGGUAUGGUGUGUUCAUGUCGACCUAGCAGUCCCCAGCUGUGUGAAUGGAGAGUACUUGUGUGUUUCAUAACAGCCAUGAUGCCCUUGACAGGUGUUUGGAUAUUUUUUCUCGUGCCGUGUGUGUGUGUGUGUGUGUGUGUGUGUACACAAAUACAUGUGAAUACUCCUUUUAAAGAAGCUUUAUCAAAUGUGUUCUGAUUUUGAGGUUUAGCAAUAGCUAGCUAUAGUAGGUGCGGCUACAGUUUUUAUUUAGCAUGGGGAUUGCAGAGUGACCAGCACACUGGACUCCAAGGUGGUGCAGACAAGACAGAGAGAAGCAGUGGUCAUCGUCCUCCCGCCAGGAGCUUCUUCGUUCCUGCACACGUAGACUGUACGUUAUGAAGAACACACAGGAAGACUUUGUGACUGUCACUUGACUUGUUUCUGGGCUUCCGUAACAAAUGUUGGCAAACAAGACUUUCUCCUGGCCCCUAUCCACUGGGGAUCAGCAUGGUUGUUCUUCCAGUCCAAACCAUUCAUCUCUUUCUUGCCUGAGGCAGAAGGGAGGUGGGCCAGGCAGAGGACAGAACUGGUGGCAGCCCAUCUAGGGAAUGGGACUGCAAGGCCACAUGUGUGAAACAUUUGGACUGCUAUUCUGGAGCUUUUAUUUCUGGUGUGUUCGUUGCACAGCUGUUUGAAAUGUUUAAUAAAGCUUUAUAAACUUUA